AAUAUUCAGCCGCUUGCGUAUUCUGUAGCCUACAUUACCUUCUUUAUCGGCACCCUGUCCAUCUUUCUGCGGUUUUACUGUCGUUACAUUGUUCUGCGAACAUGGGGGUGGGACGACUACAUUGCCGUGGCUAUUCUGUUUUUUAGUUUUGCACAGCAAGCCGUCUUGCAGAUUUUUCUAUAUUGGGGCUGUGGACUCCACAUGCAGGUUUUGGAUUCUUUCCAACAGCUCGAGAUUGUAAAGUGGUUGUUUGUCGAGGAGAUACUAUACUACACUGUUCACUGGGUAAUCAAGUCUGCUUUCCUUGUCUUCUACCUCCGGCUGUCGCCUGAUAGCGACACAUUUCGACAGGCUGUCUAUACGGGAGUGGGGUUAAACACUCUUGUGUGGAUUACCAGCGUGCUUCUCGCUUGCCUCCAGUGUAUGCCUUUUGACGAGAUCUUUCAUCCAGGCACCCACAAGGAUGCAAGCUGCAUCAACAAGCUCGUCCUCCACCUGGGACCCUGUGUCCUCAACAUCAUCGUAGACAUAUACAUUCUGAUUCUGCCCAUUUCCACAAUCUGGAACCUCAAAAAUAUUUGCAUGCGGCGCAAAAUCGCCGUCCUCUGCGUCAUAGGCUUCGGGGGCAUCUCCGUCAUCAUCGCGUGCUGCCGCAUCGCGUUACUGCUGCAACUGGGCUCCUCGCCCGACAUGUCGUGGGUGCUGGGCAACAUGGUGAUUGUGUCAGCGCUCGAGAUCCAAUCAGCCAUUAUCGCCGUCAACCUGCCCAGUCUCAAGGCGCUGUGGACAAAGUACACGGGCAGCACGGCGGGCGGGUCGAGCCGCCAGAACCUGCAU